CUGCUAGGGCUUUUUGACAUUUUCUCUUGAUUUGGGCGCACUCAGAUUUUCUUUCUCUUCACUGGUCCUCUAUAUUCUAGACAUCCUGCAUUCUAGUUCUUUGAGAAGAAGCAAAGGAAAAAAAAUUGUGGGGUAUCAGAAUGGCUCUCCAGAUGUCCUGCUCAUCCAUUGAGGAAGAGGGAAGUGUGAAGGAUUCAGAUGAGUCAUUGGUGUUUUCAUGUGCAGUGAGGACAUUGCAGAAGCUUAUUCCUGGUGGACAGGAUAUUGUGGAGGUGGAUCUUCUGUUUAAGGAGACAGCAGAUUACAUCAUUGCUCUUGAGAGGCAGGUCAAGUUUUUGAGAACUUUGGCAGGUUUGUAUGCCAUUUCUGAACUGGACUCUGGAUCUAACCACUGUACAUAAAUCUCUGUAAUAGGUCAAAGACCAAACAGAGUUUUCUAUUUCAAUGGGCUGGGGAAGUUUCUUGCUCUGAGCAUUUGGGUCAGAACAGUUUGUUCAUAUUGCUAAGUAAUUUGAAUAUGUAGUGUUGGAUUCCUAC